GUAUGUAAGUAUCUAAAAGCGUUUGUACAGAAUUUUCUAAGAUCAGUUGCAAUUUGCGGCAAGGACUAACUUUGUAAGCCUUGGAGAAUUAUAAAUAACGAGCUCUGUCGCGCAAAGUCAUUAAAAACAUAUUGCUAGAAGACAUGAUCACAUGACAUCCGUCAAAAACACCAUCUCAAGGGCCCCAAGGGUCUGCGGGUCCAAUUUUUUUCGGUGCUAGCAGCGCCACUACCAACGAAUAGGUCGAAAUUCGUUGCCCGUCCGCGACUCGUGAGAAUCGUGAAUCGCGCGAGUCUAUGGCUGGUAAACAAUCAGGAGCGUCCCGUCACUCCCUUUCUCGUGAAAAGCUGACAGUUCCGUCGUAAUAAAACACCCUUAUAAAUAUAAUUUGGUGACUCGAGUGGGUUGAAAAAUGACGAUCUAAAGGUGUAAUGAAGUUCGAAGGACCCGAAAACCACCGAAAAUCGGACCCGCAUCCUCAAGCUGCGGCUCAAUCCGCAUAAAAUACAGACAAACAUUUCAUAUAAACAAAAAUGGAGCUCCAACCUGCAACAGCAGCAUCUGCACCUCAAACAGCUACAACAGCUUCAUAUUGUUUCUGUGGACAAUCUUACACGACAGAACAGUUUAUGAUACAAUGCGAUGUUUGCAAGGAAUGGUAUCACGGAGGAUGUGUAUCAAUAAAGGAAUACGCUUCAACAGACCUCGAUAAAUAUCACUGUCCAACGUGUACAAAGGCCAGUGGCCCGUCACUAAUGAAAACAAGAAUGAAUUGGCACAGACAUGAUUAUGUGGAGUCGGAAGCUAGCGAGAAACCUGUUCAGACUGGAACGCAUGUUUUUAUUAGAGAACUCAAAUCUCGCCACUUUCCUAAAGCUGAUGAUAUCAUAAAACACGUCAGGGGCCAGCAAUUAACUUUGCAGUAUUUACAAACAAAUGGAUUCGAAGUACCUGUUAUAAUUGAUGGGAAAGAUGGCCUUGAUAUGACCGUACCUCCAGCCAACUUUAGUGUCUAUGACGUCGAGAGCUACAUAGGUGGCGACAGAGAGAUGGAUGUGAUAGAUGUAACAAAACAGAAUAAUCUCAGAAUGAAACUCCGUGAUUUUGUUGAGUAUUACAACGACCCUUGCCGUACGAGAGUUUUGAACGUUAUAAGCCUGGAAUUUACAAACACAGGAUUAUCCCCAAUGGUCGAGGCUCCUUACAUUGCCCGUAAACUCGACUGGGUAAACUCUGUGUGGCCGAGGGAUUGGCCGGAAGAUAGCGAGUUAAAGAGGCCGGAGGUUCAAAAGUAUUGCUUGAUGGGUGUAAAAGACAGCUUCACUGAUUUUCACAUAGACUUUGGCGGUACUUCUGUCUGGUACCACGUCCUGAGAGGAGAAAAGAUAUUUUAUCUCGUUAGACCAUCACCCGCUAAUAUUCAGCUUUAUCAGCAUUGGAUGUGCAGCUCUAGUCAGAGCGAAACAUUCUUUGGAGAUCAGGCUGACGCGUGCUACAAAUGUGUCGUUAAACAGGGGCAAACUAUGAUGAUACCUACAGGGUGGAUACACGCAGUUCUCACACCUGUUGACUCUCUGGUCUUUGGCGGGAAUUUUCUCCACAGUUUAAACAUACCAAUGCAAAUUCAGAUCUAUGAGCUGGAGAAGAAGAUGAAAACUCCCGCGAAGUUUCAGUAUCCGGGUUUUGAGACAAUAAAUUGGUUUGCGGCAAAGAGGCUGCUAAAAGAAUUGAAGGAACUUAAUAACGAGGAGAAAAAGUGCCCUCCUUAUUUAUUGCAGGGUGUUAAAGCGCUGCUGAGUAUAUUGAAACAAUGGAACACAGACAAAGACUACAACAUGACGAGUCGCGGUCAGAUACCACACACGAUCAACAGUCAGAAGUUGUUGAAAGAGUUUAGUAAAGAUAUCCGACACGCUGAGCGUUACCUAAUAUCCCUUAAUCCUCCCAAACCAGAACGUGAGAGUAAAAGAAAAAGAAAAAAGCCUUUAAACAAAGACUUUGUCGACUACGACGCUGCAGACCACAUAUCUGCAAAGCCAGUAAAACCAAACGCUAAAGAAACCUACAAGUCAGACUCUAAAAUCGAAGUCGGCGACGGCUCACCGGUCAGCAGACCUCCCCUAAAACUCACUCUCCCCAAGCCCAUGAUGUAUCCCUACCCCCGUAGCAAUAUCGGCACUACUGAGGAGCCGAGCCCGGUCGCUAAAUCGAAAGAAAAAUCCUCCGCAAAAUUGGGAAAACAAAGUCUCAAGGUGAUAAAAUUCAAGCUCGGAGACAAAGAGGUGAUAAGAAGUACGAACGAGGUGAUAAAUAACUUCGGUAAUUUCACCACGGAUCAUUCGAUCGAAACUCCCAAAGAACUGACGUGGAAACAGAGUUCUGUGUACGAUUUUCACGAUGGGAGUAACGAAAGCACUUACAGCGGUUUCACUAUAGACGAAGCACCGAAGCGGAAAAAGCAUCAGAAUUCCAAACCGUCCAAAGCAACGGCAGUUAAAAAAAUUAAACGCGAUUUUGACGGAGACGUAGAUGUGCUGACCGAUGCCCCAAAAAACGGUAUAGAGGAACUCCUCAAAGCCUCUGCUUAUACAUUGGGAAACGCUGCGCAACGGCUGGAACCUGCGGCGCCAACAAGUGUAUCGCAGUAUGGUCAGCCGACACCACCUCCAACCGGUAUUUGUAAAUUGAAAACGGCUAGUUCUGGCAGGGCAUCACCGUCCACCCGCGAGGCUAUAGCGGGGAUGCUAUCGUUCAGCGAGCAAUGUUAUUCCACUACAUCCGGGAGUCCGGAAAAAUCGAACAAAUCCGAACAAGAGGACGACGACGAUCAGUUGAUAGAAAACAUCGACAAAGUCCACCAGGACGAGGAUUUCAUUUACCCCGCCCUCGACGCAUCCGACGACGAAGAAUUCAUAUUCAAACCCAGAGGUAAACGCCGCGUCGACGAGGCUUGGAAUCCAAAAGCAAGAGUCGGCCCUCUUUUACCAAAAACAAAUCGACCCGCUCGAGAGGGCGUCAGAAAAACUUCGGUUGAAAAAGGACUGGAAGCCGCUGCCGCGAAACGAGCGAAACAACAUCCCGUAGCCAAGAGGACUUACAAUAAACGGAAACAGAAAGAAGUUUUAUUGCCCGUUAUCCCAGCGCCAAUUGUUGUUCCCCCUAUCGUAGAAGAGAUUGUCGCAACGACGGACAGCUACAGUUCGAUUCUGACGAGUCCGAAUCGGUUAAAAGACGUGAAAGCGAAAUUGGCGGUCCCGAUUCCAGCUGAACGAAAACCUAAAAAGGGUAUGAAGACCGCCAAACAGAGACUAGGAAAGAUAUUGAAGCUUCAUAAAAUGAUGCACUGAAUGAAUGUGGUGAAUGGUUGUGUUUUAUAAAUCGAAUCUUUUGAAUCGGCAAGCAAUCGGAUGAAUCUUAUCCCUCGUACGAUGAUUACAUAAAAAUAAUCGUAACGAUAAAAUUUUUACCCUCCUACGAAUCAAUCGGUAGGUGCGUGAUUAUUGUAAUUUGUAUAUACGGAAUUAUUGCAUCUUUAAUGCAAAAAUGAGAAAAAAAAUUAAUGGAGGGCGAUGUAAAUCAACUUGGUAUUUAAACAUAUAUAUAAGAGAUAUAUUUAUAGCGGUAAGUGGAAAAAUGAUAAAAUAUGUAAAAUGAAUUGUCGAUAGCGUCCCGCAUUUAUGAUAUACACAUAAAAAUAUAUAUAUUUAAGUAUA